AUGAAUAGUCCAUCACUUCAUUAUAAUAAUUUACCUCCGGACCAUAUUCUCAAUAAACAAAGAUCUAAUAUUAGUAUUAAACAAAUUAAUAAGAAUAUUCAAACUAUUACAAAUAAUACUAAUACUAAUAAUAAUACUAAUACUACUAGUAAUAAUAAUAUAACAUCACCAUCAAUAAUGAAUAUUCCACCUAAUAAUAAUAAUAAUCCGAUAACAUCAAUAUUAAAUAAUAAUAACAAUUCAAUAAUGAUGUUAAAUAAUGGUCAACCAAUAAUAAUGACAACAUCAAAUCAACAAAUUAAUGUUGGAGGAGGAGGUGAUUUAAUGUUACCUCCUAAUAAUAAUAAUAAUAUUAUGAAUAAUAAUAGCUCUAAUUUAAAUGUUAAUAAUAAUUUAAAUUCAUCAUUAAAUUCAAUCAAUAAUAAUAAUAUCAAUAAUACUACUACUGAAAAUAGUAAUAAUAAUAACAAUUUAAUAUUAACAAAUCGUACACAAUUUUUACUUGAUUCAUCAUCAAUAAUAAAUAAUGUAGAAAUGUUAUUUAAUAUUCGAAUUGGAAAUUCUAAACAAAUAGAUAUGGAAAUUACUAAAAGUGGAAAUGAAAUUAAACAUUAUUCUAAAUCAUGUAUUCAUGAUUUAGAUUCACUUCAAAGAUAUUGGUCAGAAUGUUAUAGAAUUGAAAGUGAACAUUUAAAUGAUAAACCAUUAAUGUAUAUUCCAAUUACAGGUUUAAUUAAUAUUAAAGUAUUUAAAUUAUUUAAUAAUAUUCCAAUAAUGGAACAUAAUUUAGAAAAGAAAUAUGAUUUUAGACAAUCUGAUUCUUUAAUAGCUCCAAUUAAAUUUGAUAAUAAUAUUGUAAUUGUUUUAAAAUUAAUGAAAAUGGAUUAUGUUGAAUUUAUUGGUUUACAAUCAUUUGAUUUUUAUUUAAUUAAAUCAUCACAAUCUUCCACUUCUUCAUCAACAAUAACAUUACAAUCAUCUUCCACUUCUUCCUCUUCAACUGGUCCAAUUAUUUUAAAUAAUCAAUAA